UAAUUUAGGUUGGAGAAAGAAACGACUCACAAAUUCACAAUAGUAUAUAAGAAAAAUACCAACGUCGUUUGCAGGUUUCAGAUCUCUUCUCAUUCGAUCAUUCACAGCGAAAUUCAUCAUCAGCAGAAGAAGCUUCUAGAGAGAAAAACGAAGAACCAAUUUGCGAUGGGUUACAGAAACAAGAGCUUGGUGACAAAGGAUCAAACUAUUUCUUCAUCUUCAAAUUGUGAAUCACUGAGUGAUGCAAUGCUCGUUUUCACUAUGAAUAUCAUUGGUUUACCAGUUGAUGUUCACGUUAAAGAUGGUUCUGUGUUUUCUGGAAUUUUCUAUACUGCUUCUGUUGAUGACCGUUUCGGUAUUGUUUUGAAGCAAGCAAGGAUGACCAAGAAGGGAAUUGGUCACAGCAAUGUUGGAAAAGAGGCCUUGAUAGAUACACUAGUGGUUCAAUCAAAGGAUCUUGUGCAGGUCAUUGCUAAGGGAGUAACACUUCCCGGGGAUGGUGAUAAUGGAAAAAUAACUGGCGAGGAUGAGGAAGCAGUUACACCCAAAGUUUGUUGUUCCGAGAACCGUUCAGUGGAUGCAGAACAGGUUAAUCAAUCAAGACAAGCUGGAGAUAACAACUCAAAAGGGAAGGCUGAUGACUGCAGGCAGAAGUUUGAAUUUCACAGUGAAAAAAAUGAUGAAAAGAUUCAAAGCCUUGAUUCAGGCCAUGAAAUUAUUACAUGUCUGGGCCAAGUUAAAGCUGAUAAAGCCAAUGAUCAGGGUAGUGAAAGGUCUACUUCACCAGAUUCUACAUCUACACAUUCCACCCUUAGUGAAGAUCUCAGUGAGGCGUCACAUAAUAUUCCAGCAAAAAUUAUUGAAAAAUCUGCUCCAAGGGGUGCAGAUUGUACCAGAAAUGCAAAGGAAUUUAAGCUCAACCCAGCUGCCAAGAUUUUCUCCCCGUCUUUUGUAUAUCCUAUUUCAGCACCUUCUGCUGUGCCAACAGCUGCAAACAUGGUUUACAUGCCAAAUAGCUCUCCAGCUCCAAAUAUGGUUUACAUGCCAAAUAGCUCUCCUCCAGUACAUGUUGCUACUCUUCAACCUGAAGUCGGAUUCAAUAAUUUUGCUUCUCGACCUUCUGUGCCUGUUAAGGUUUCACAGUAUGGUAAUUUGACAGUUGGAAAUGCUGGCAGUGGUUCUCAAUUUUCACAACCUAUUGUUGGUCAACUGGCACAUAGGACACAACCUCUUCAGUAUGCUGCACAUUACACUCCAGUCCUAUCUGAACCUGCUUAUUUGCAAUCAAACUCUCCUGCUGUUAUGGCUGGACGAUCCACCCAGCUAGUCUAUGUUCAACAAGUUUCCCACGAUUUGGUACAUGGUGUAACGGCUCCAUUCCCAACCCGCCCCCUGUUGAAUCACGUACAAUUUCCAAAGCAUCAAGGUGGAGCAUUUAGUCAAGCAAUACCAGUUGUUAUGCCUCCAUCUGUCAUAACAAGUGCGCAACAACAAACCUUUGCAUUUCAAAACCACAUUCCAGUUUUGCAACCUGGCUUUUCUCCGCCUAGACCUAUUUCAAUCCCAGGAUCAAAUGGUUUCUAUGGCACCAAAUUUUCAUGAAACUUUCAUUCAGAUUCUUGUGUUAUAUCCCCUCUCUGAGUUAAAGCUCAUUUUUCUCUGCCAUUUUUUUUGAUUAUGUCUUAAAUUUUUUGACUUGUCUCAUUUAUUUCCCUUCUCUUGGUGAGAAGUGUAUAGUAGUUUUGUGCUGGUUCUUUAGAAAUUUUAGGGUUAUACUUUUUUAGAAGAAAAUUUUUGUGAGUCCUCAUGUGAAUUAAGAAAUUUUUAUUUUCUUUAGGGGUUGAUAUUGAAUGGUUGGCAAUUGCACUUAAAUGGUUGGCUAUAAACAUCAUUGAACAUUAUUGAAUAUAGAUUUGAAAUUGGUCUUUCA